AUGACGGAAAAGAAUAACAAAAUGCCAAAAAUAUUUCAUAGAAAAUCUAAAAUGUCAAGUUUAAAUAAUAUAGUUGAGCCACAAAAAUCAGUUGAACAAUCUCAACAUGAUGUACAGGAGAUAAAUGAGAAUUACUCUGCUAAAUUAAACAAUAUAUCAAAUAAUAAACAACAUAGUCAAUUUAGAACUAUCCAGUAUUUGAAGAGUUUUCCAAUUGUCCAAGAAACACAAUCACAUGCAAAUAAUUGUGCAGUCACAAGAGUGGUUAUUGCAAGUGUAGAACCUGUUUUGGUUAAAAUAAUUAAUUCUAAACCUAUAAAAAUUGUGUCUCCGAUUACAAAUUUUGUAGAUAAAAUUGGAUUUUCGUCACUAAAAUUAACUGAAAAGUUAAUCCCUUCAAUUAAAACGAAAACUUUUAAGAAGUUGGGAGAUGAUAUGAUGAUACCUGUUAAAAAAACCAAAAGCAUAACCAAAAGAAUAAAAUCUUCAAUGGUUACUAAAACCCAAAAAUAUGUUUAUAAACCAACUCACUCUCAAAUCAUACAUUUUAGAAAAUAUUACAAUGAAAAAAUUUAUGAUACUAAAGGAAAACCUUUAGUCAGAGGUGCUUUCGAUCCAGUAAUAUUACCAUUAAAUAAUGCCUUUGAAAAUUCAACACAUAAAUAUUUUCCAGAUGGUAAAGCUGUCUAUGGUUCUUUUUCAUGUGAAUUUGAUAGAAGUGUGGCGUUAUCUUUUAGACUAAUUCAAAAUAUCAUUCCCGCAUUGGGAUCCAAGACUAAAACGAUUAUUUUAUGGCCCUUAGUUUAUAUGCAACAUGCUAAUUUUGUCUUAAACAGACACUUAGAUAUGCAACCCAACCUCUGUGUUAGUAACAGUGGUAGAGCAACAUACGGCUCUAUUAAAGAGCUGUAUCAUGAAUUCAUAAACAAUACUAAGAAGAAAACCCCAUUAAAAUAUUUUACUAAAAGAAAUUUUGAAGAAAAAGUAGAUAUUGCCACAACUAAUCCUGUUACUGUACAUGGGAGUAUACCUCAUACAGUAAUUGAAACUACAGCUAGCACUGAAAAACCAUUAGUCAACAAUAUAAUAGAACAUGUUUAUUCACCAUUUGAAACAAGUUUUACAACAUAG